AUGGAGAUGGGACGUCGAUGGACGGAUGGACGGCUGUCCAUCGACAUCGACCAGAGCUCCGAUGGAGCCGAUGAUGACCGGAUCAGAGGGCUUCCCGCGCCCCCUCCGGCCGCUGCCGGGGCCAUAGAUGCCGCCCAGCACCACAACCACGACGGGGCGAGCGUGUGCCCGGCCCUGCCGGGCGCGUUCCUGUUCCGCGCCCAGCGGAUCGACCCGCUCCGGGGCGCGUUCCUCGAGAUCCCCGGCGGCGUCGGGGCCGACGACGAGGACGCGGAGAGCGGAGGAUUCGCCGAUCGGAUCAAGAGGAUGUUAUCGGAGCGCCCGCCCGACGAGUUCCCCCCGUUGCCGCAAUCGCCCCCGAUGCAGAUGCCGCACUAUCAGUCGCGGCGGAAGACACGGAGGAGACAGAGGGAGGAAGGAGGAGGAGGCGGUGGAGGUAAUGAUAACGGCGGGGACUCGUCCUCGGGAGGGGAGGGCACUAGCGCUUCGCCUAAGAGGGAGUGGUGGGGUGGAGCCAGCCUCGGCGAUGAGCUGCCCACCCCUCGGGAGAUGUGCGGGAGGCUUGAGGCGGAGUGGCUGGCUGGGUUCCCGGUGCCAGCUCCAUUGCCAAGGUCGUCUUCGCGCUGCAAGGGGCAGAAGCGGAAGUUGGAGGACGAGGCAUCCGCCGCCGCCGCCGCCGCCGCCGCCGCCGCGGUAGCCGCCGCCGCGUCCUCGCUCGGCAGCGCGGGCGCCGACGAUGACAACGAGGAGGAGGACGGCUCGGCGGGCACCCCCGAGAUCUGCUGCCGCCACUCCCACGCGGCGCUGGCCCGCGAGGUCCGCGUGCAGGUUGAUGUCCUCGUCCGCUGCGCCUCUUCGUGGCGCCACGCCGACCGCGCCGCCGCCAAGCGCGCCACCCACGUCGUCGCUGAGCUCGCCAAAAAAGAGGAGGUUGUCAACGUGAUUGUAGAGGGCGGCGCCGUGGCGGCCUUGGUGUGCCACCUAGAAGAGCCUGCUGUGGCGGCGCCAACGCAGGAGGAACAACAACUGCGGCCGUUUGAGCACGAGGUUGAGAAGGGCACUGCCUUCGCUCUGGGCCUCCUAGCUGUAAAGUUUUUUUCAUUAAUUCCCUAAUUGAGUUUUAGAUGCACUUUUGGUACCAAUGCAAUUACUUGUAUCAUCGACAAAUUUAUGUUCUAAAUAGGACUGUGAAUUUUCAAGUUUCCUGUGGCAUAGGAUUACAAAGUUUAAGAACUUCAACUAUCCCACAUAUUGUAUACAAUAAUUCAGAACGCCUAAACUUGUAUCCUCGUAUAUCUGUAUUUCUUGUAAAAUACUGUAAGAUCCAAUGCCUUUGAAUAGUUAGAAUUAGAAAAACCUAGGAACUUCCAAGUCCUAUAACUUGGUGCAUUUCUUGUUUUUUUAUUUGAAGAUCUUUUCUACGAUGACAAGCAUCCAUUAUUUAGUAUUCCUACUGGCUUCCAAUUUA